AUGUGCAUCACUGCUCCGAAAGGAUUAUUUAGAUUUAAACGCCUACCAUUUGGUAUUAAAACGGCUCCAGCCAUAUUUCAACAAGCCAUUAACUCCACCUUAUCUGAUUUAGAAGGAGUAUACGCUUAUAUCGACGACGUAUUAGUCGCAGGAUCCACACGUCAAGAACACGAUCUACGUCUUCGUACAACACUUCAACGACUUGAACAGGCGGGAUGGAAAUUAAAACCCGAGAAAUGCCGUUUCGCUCUUGAUGAAAUCAAAUAUCUUGGAGUUAUUAUCAACAGUGCAGGUAUUUCAGCGGAUCCAGAAUCCACACGCGCGAUUGCGGAGAUGCCAAAUCCUUCGUGUGUAGCUGAAGUUCAAUCUUUGCUUGGGAUGCUCAACCACUAUGGAAAAUUCAUACCACAUCUCCACCAAAUAAAAAAACCUUUGGAUGAGUUAACAAGAAAAAACCAACAGUGGAUUUGGAAUUCCAAACACACCUCAGCUCUACGGGAAAUCAAGGAACUCUUUCUCAGUCCACUUCUAUUGGAGCAUUAUGAUCCAUCGAAAACACUCAUCGUCGCAUCGGACGCCUGCUCCACAGGCAUUGGCGGAGCCCUUCUUCAGCGCGAUGCUGACGGGCGCGAACGAGCCGUUUAUCACAUGUCACAAAGCCUGACAGACGCUCAACGCAACUAUUCCCAACUCGAAAAAGAAGCCUUCGCUUUAGUGGCAACGGUGAAACGCUUUCAUAUUUUCCUCUGGGGUAGGAAAUUUAUAUUACAAACGGAUCAUAAACCUCUAGUGGCCUUGCUACAAACGGAAAACAUGAAAGGUCUAAAAUCUACAACUGCUGCUCGCCUCAAACGUUGGGCAAUUAGACUUUUGGGCUAUGAUUUCAGGAUAGAGUAUAUUCGUACUACAGAUUUCGGUCAUGCAGACGCUCUCUCUCGCCUUAUGAGUAAAUUCCGAGACGACAACGCGGAGGAGCUCCAAGUUGCUAGCAUCAGAACUACGGAAAACGAAAUUCACCUCAUCAGAGACUCUGCAAUAGAUACUUUCGGAAAAGAUCUUCGUCUCCAGCUAGCGACAGCUACCGAUUCAGAUCCUGAUUUGAAAACAGUCAUGAACGCUAUUCAAAACAACGUUUUUCCAACAGAAUGCUCUCCUAUCGUAGAACACUACAAAAAACGCAUAGAUUGCAUAUCCGUCGUUUCAAACUCUUUACUUCUUGGUGAUAGAGUAAUCAUACCUAAGAGUAUGCAACCCGAUAUCCUUUCAUCUCUCCAUAAGGGAUACCCGGGAAUAAGAAGAAUGAAACAAUUAGCUCGUGAAUUUGUUUACUGGCCAAAACUCUCGGAAGACAUUGAACGUCUCGUCCAACAAUGUAACGCAUGCGCCUUGACUAAGAAGCUACCUAUCAAGGUGCCCAUCAGUCCAUGGCCAAUCCCAGAGAAGCCUCUCGAACAUAUGCAUUUGGAUUUCGCAGGCCCAAUAGAAGGUCAAUACUUACUCAUCUUUGUAGAUGCCUACUCAAAAUUCAUCGAAGUAAUGACUACACCCACAAUCUCAUCCUCACGCACCGUCGAACUUUGCCGCGAAGUUUUCUCCAGAUACGGUCCUCCUGACGUCUUAGUGAGUGAUCAUGGAACACAAUUCACAGCUGACAUUUUCACGCAGUUUCGCAAAGAGAUGCAGAUUUCUCACAUUCUUACCGCCGUCAACCACCCUCAAUCCAACGGUCAGGCAGAAAGGAUGGUUGACUCGGUUAAAGGGGCUAUUGCUAAGAACCCUUCUAACUGGAAGAAAGAAUUGCAAGAUUUCCUAUACAGCUAUAGAUAUACCCGGUGCACAGCAGCACCGGAAGGGAAAUCUCCAGCAGAAAUAUUCUUCGGCAGAUGCAUAAAUUCCCCGUUCUCUAAACUCAUUCCAUCAUCCUGGAAACCGUCUCCUGCCGCUUUAGAGGAUUUGUCGAUAAAAAAUCAGAACAUGCAACGACAAUUUGAACAACAUCACGGAACCCGCUCUAGAACUCUCAAACCUGGUGACCGGGUCAUCGUGGCCUUCAAAGACAAGCGAGAACUCGGUGUUAUCGAACACAUUUUAUCUAAUUCUCGUUUCCAGGUGUUACUUGACAAUGGCAGAUCGAUCGAGCGCCACAUCAACCACAUUUGGAAGGGAGGUGGCACCCAGGAGAUUCAUAAUCCGUCAAUCGCUAACGAUUGGAUCUUUUAUGAGCCCGAUAUGACUUCUGACGCAACUCACGACAACACGGAGCUUCAACCGUGUCCUGCUGCCGCUCCACUAGAGGACCUCGGCAACCAGCCGGAACCUAUUCCGAGCGAGACGUCAGCUUGA